CUCUCUGGCUCUCCCUGCUUGUCUCACAGUGCCUGUGAAGCGUCUCUGAGGGGGAAGACCAGACUGCUCUGUCAGACCCAUUCAGAAGCUGAACGGCUAACGCCCUUGGCAACUAACAAAGGAGAUGCAGCAAAGACCUUGAGAGGGCUGUUAGAAUGGCUGAGGCUCAACAUAAGCAAAGCUAUUUUGUACAGAGAGAUGAUCCAUGUUUACCUGCAUCCAUGCAGCUCCAGGGCACCUUUUAAUGAUGCCUAAUUUGGUCCUCUUGAAUAACUUUUGGCCCACACUGAAAAAGGCCCUCCGUUGUGAUUUACAUCUCACCCUGUUGAUGUUCCACUGCCUCUGACCUCUCUGCUGCCAUGCUGUUAGCCCCAUGAGGCUCAGAGAGCCCUUCCUUGUGUGUCUUUGAGGCCUCCUCCCCACUCUAUGGAGGCUGAGCCCAGCCGUCCGGCUGAUGGGGACCGCUCUGGAAGGCAAGAGCAGCAGCAUGUGACAGCUGAAUCCUCACUAGGAUCUUGUCCACCUCAGCAGCCCCAGCAGCCUCCUAAUACUCGUCCUGUACACAGAGCCUUGGGUCGCCUGCAAAAUCGUCAACCCAAACGCACUGACCUUCUGCUUCGGUUACAGCAGCAGCAAGCAGUAGUAUGGCAGCAUUCAGACACCCCAGGUCCCUCAGGAGGCAGCUUCAUCUCCAGUUCCUCAUCAACCUCAUCUCUCCCCUCUACUUCUUCCACCCGGGGUGAGCAUGGUCAUGGGGUCCCAUCUCAGUCCAGCCAAGAGGGCGGAGAAGGGGUCAGCUCACCCAGAAAAGGGGAGAAGAAACCCCCAAAACCAGGGAAAUAUGUGUGCACUUACUGUGGCCGUCCGUGUGCCAAGCCAAGCGUUCUUCAGAAACAUAUUCGCUCCCAUACAGGAGAAAGACCCUACCCUUGUGCCCCCUGUGGCUUUUCUUUCAAGACCAAGAGCAACCUGUACAAGCACCGCAAGUCCCAUGCCCAUCGCAUUAAAGCAGGCCUGGCUAGUCGCGAUGAGCCCAGUUUGAGUGGACCAGAGGGCAGUGGCAUCGGAGAAGACCCUGAGGAACACACAGAAGGAGAAAGCACUGAGUCUGAAGAAGAAACGGGCCAACACAGAAAAUCCUCCUCCAAGGAGAUGUUGGGCCAGCAGAGGAAAGUUGGUAAGGAGCUGCUGGGAGUCUCAGAGGAGAGCCAGAGGCCGGAAGACUCCCAGGCUGUCAAACAAAGGCUGGCACUUAGGCUUAGUGAAAGGAAACGGGGACCACUGGCUUCUCCAGAUGACCCGCCUUCUUCCUCCCUCUCCACCUCAUCUUCUUCUCUGGGCCCUGGCAGUAAGGGCAGCACAGAGUCUGGCUACUUCUCCGGCUCAGGCAGCACUGACCUGUGCCAAGUUAGCACUCCCAGUGCCAGUGCUAAAACAUACGCAGAAAUUAUUCUAGGGAAAUAUGGAAGGCUGGGAGGGCAGCAGCGCAGUCCCCAUCAGCAGCAGCCUCAUUCUUCACUUUCCUCAUCCUCAGGAAUGGAGGACAAGAGCAUUCCCUUUGCUGUACCCAAAACCCAAGUCAUAGAACACAUUACCAAGCUCAUCACAAUCAAUGAAGCCGUUGUAGACACCAGUGAGAUUGACAGCGUAAAACCACGACGCUCCUCUCUGUCCAGAAAGAGCAGCAUGGAGUCACCCAAAUUUACCACCACUAAAGAUCCCUACACAUUUGCCAAAGGAGAAGCCCCUGGCCCCAGUGGUUUGAGGCACCUGCACAAUCCUGAGGCAGAUCCAUCAGGUUCACAGGAGCUGUCAGCAGUGCCUCUGCUUAGAAGCCACUCAAUGCCAUCAUCUACGAACCAAGGAGAGCCCUCUACCUCUGGCACCAUGUCUCCCAGAGGUUACCGUCUCUGCCAGUCAUUCGAUGAGCAGCAAGCCGUGGUAGCAGAGAUGAGGGUUGGCCAUGCCCAGCGUAUGCUGAGGCGCCAGCCUGCCAUAGAAGUUCCACUGGGAGCAGAGUUAAUGCUGGAGGAGGCCGGUCCCACUUCCUCCUCCUCAGCCAGAGGCACUGAACUAGCCAGGCAGCCGCAGCAACAACAACAGCAAAGGAGUCCUAGUCUGUUUGAAUGUGAUGCAUGUGGGGGUCACUUCCAACACAGUGAAGGCUACGAGGCCCACCGAGGCAUAUGCCCAGGGCAGCAAACACUAGAACAGGAGAGCGGGGAUGUGAGUAAAACGGGUAGAGAGGAUCGUCCCCAGAUGAUGAUGCACUAUAAGUUUCGAGCACUGGCCAUGGCUGUGAGAAAAAGGAGGAAAGAGGAAAGUCUGGAGGAGGAUCCUCCUAGCCCUGGAUAUGUAGCCAUGUCAGGCAGCUCUGCAGGCCUCAUUCCUGUGCCAAGUAGACCAGAGCACAGCCAGGGCCUCUCAGGUGUUUCUUUGCAGACUGAGCCAAAACAACAGCAGCAGCAGGACAGGAAGGGUGUGUCUGUCAUCCAACACACAAGCUCUUUUGAGAAGCAGGAGAGUAUAUGCAUGGAAAGUCAGGAACCAGACCUCAGAGAGAGUCAGCAAACACAACAGACCGAGCCAAAACCAUCACCCUCCACAUCUCGCCUCAUCCGCCAGCCAAACAUCCAAGUGCCAGAGAUCCUUGUUACUGUGGAGCCUGAUGCUGACAUGCCAUCUGUGUCACCACCAGUGACAGCAUCCUCAUCCAAGGAGGCAGAGAGAGUGGAGGAGUUCCAGUGGCCUCAGCGUAGCCAGACUCUGGCCCAGCUCCCAGCGGAGAAGCUGCCACCAAAGAAGAAGAGACUCCGCCUGGCAGAAGCAGCCCAGUCCUCUGGGGAGUCUAGCUUUGAGUCUGUGUCUCUGCCUCGCAGCCCCAGUCAAGAGAGCAACAUCUCCCACACUUCAAGCCUUUCUGCUUCUUUUGAGGACACAGCAAGGUCAGAGCCUGCCGCCCGGGCCUCCAGUAGCCAAAGCUCCCAGAUGUUGAUGGUGCCAUCCACUUCCCACCAACACCACCAAAGCCACAAAGAGAUGAGGCGCUCAGCCUCAGAGCAGGCCCCAACCAGCCCCCAACAAACAGAGCAGAUCUCAGAGACCAGAAGUAAGUCCUUUGACUAUGGGUCCCUGUCCCCACAGCAGCCUGCAUCCUCCUGGAAAGAAAGGAGAAAGUGUCUCCUUGUGAAGCAUGCCACCUUAGGAGAACCUGAGCAGGAGGAGGGGGCCAGCAUGAGUCAGUUGUCCAGAGCAGAGAGUCCAAAGCCUGGGCCUUCCCGCUCCAUCCAUCCUCCUCUCUACUCAACUGAGGCAAGCUCCCAGUUCAGCCUGGAAGCCACGGGGAAAACCUUGCAGCUGUCACAGCCACAAAUCUUCCCAUCCUCUCAGGAUGUGCUCCCUUUGCAUCCCGGAGUCCAGCAAGUGUUUUCCACAGGGUCAUUCUCCCAGCUACUCCCUGUCACCACAGGCAUCACUGAUGUACUGUCCACCCAAAUCAUCCACAGAGCCUUCUUACAUUCACAGACAGGACCUCCACCUAUACAGAUACAUCCAGCACAGGUCCACGUGGCAGAACGGUUGGGUAUACCAUUCCACCAGCUUCCUGAUCUAGUUCCUCUCCAGUUCUCUUCCAGGACUAGAGCUAGACAGGCUCUGUACUUGCCUUUUCCUCCAAGACUUACUGCACAUACUCCUCCCACUACAGAGAGCAGAGCCUCCAUCUCUUCCAUGUCGUCUGCCCUUACCCAUCAAUCCCUUGUAAUAUCCUACCACCACCCACGGCCGGUCAUCGCCACAUGCCUGGCACAGCUUACACCAGUAGUCUCCCUUGUUGUCCCAGUGCGACUCCAGACGUAUAUACCUACCUAUGCUAGUGCCAUGUAUACUACCCUGUCCCAGAUCCUGGCCUCCACUCGCUCACAGGAACCCAUUUCUUGCACAGCUAUGGUCAUCAUGGGCCAGGUGGAGCGGGACAAGCUGCAAAGGUCCUACUUGAAAGUCCCCUACCCAGACAUCAAGAGCCUUCUUCCCCUAUCUCUGCCUGCGGAGCUGGCCUCAGGAUCUGGAGAGGGAUACGGUCCACUGGGGGCUGGAGGAAGUAAACGCAUGCUUUCUCCUGCAGCCAGUCUGGAGCUCAGUACAGAGGCCAAACGUCACCAGAAAAGGGUUAAAGAGGAAGAGGAGGGGGAGCCACAUAAGGCAGGAGAGGAGGAGGAGGAUGGAGAACAGAAGGUAAGACAGGAAGAAGAAAGUAAAGCCACUGGGAGAAAACUGGAAGAGGGAGAGAAAAAACAACCAGAAAGGCUAGAGGCUGCAACUGUGAAAGUGGAAGAAGAGCAGGAACAAGUACCAAGGAAACAUAAUAGGGAGGAAAAGAAGGAGGAGGAGAAGGAGUCAACUGAGAUGACAAGUAAAAAAAAGGUAGAGGUGCCUGUUGUGGAAGAGGGGGUUGAAAUACCAAGCACCCCUUCAUACGCCAGUCUCCACACCUCCACCUCAGUCAACUGGUGCUACCUGAACUAUGUCAAACCCAACCCAUCUGCCCUGAGGGACCCACACACCUCAGUCUAUUCUACCUGGAGCGUCAGUGCUCACAACCCCAACUUGCCGGGCCUAAGCACUAAGGUGGCGUUGUCUCUACUGUGCUCCAAACAGAAGCACAGCUCAGAGACGUACACCAUGGCCAUGGCCCCGACUCCUGCCAAAAGCAAAUUGGCCCCUGCCAGUAGCAGAACCCCACGUGUGUCAGAGGUACAUGCCACCCCACCCGUCACCCUCACAAAAGUAAAGGAUCAGCAGCAGCAUGAACAGGAGGAGAAUAAAGAGAUGAGAGAAGAGGAAGGACCCUCUACCUCCAAACAGAGCGAGGCUUCUCGUGUUCGCAUCUUUGAAGGCGGGUAUAAGUCCAAUGAGGAGUAUGUUUAUGUGAGAGGUCGCGGCAGGGGCAAGUACAUAUGUGGAGAGUGUGGCAUCCGCUGUAAGAAACCGAGCAUGCUGAAAAAGCACAUCCGAACGCACACCGAUGUCCGUCCGUACAUUUGCAAACACUGCAACUUUGCCUUCAAAACCAAAGGGAACCUUACAAAACACAUGAAGUCAAAGGCUCAUGGUAAAAAAUGCCAGGCAAUGGGAGUAUCUGAGUCAUCUCUGGACGAGCCAGAGAGCGAGGAAACAGCAGGAAGUGAUGAACGUGUGUGUGGCUCGGAGGAACAGGAGGAACAUCAGUUUUCUGAUGUAGAGGAGUCUGAGGAUGACGACGACAACGAUGAGGAUGAGGAAGAGGAGUCCACGUCCCAUGACGACCCACCAUCCUCCUGUUCUUCAGACACCCAUCUGUCAACAGGAGGGCAGUCAAGCUGCAGUAGACACUCUCAGCAGGGCACUCCUGACCUUGAGCCCCCGGGCCUCAGUCCCAGCCCCGUUCACGAGGCCUCCCCAAGAGGAGUUUGGCCCAGCAGACGAGCCGCCUCCCCAGGCAGCAGGAGAGCACUGUUCUCCCGGCGGGGCUGGAAGGCUUCGCCAAGAGGCUUCUCCCCCAGCAGUGAGAGCUGUUCCCCCAGCCGCAGCCUCUCCCCCCGUCUUGAGCUAUCUUCACCCAUCCACAGCCUCUCCCCCAGGACAGAGCUGUCCUCGCCCAGCAGACACAUUUCACCCUCCCCUGAGAGGGGACCAUCCCCCAUCAGACCCCUUUCUCCUCUUCAUCCCAUUUUACCCAGCUAUUACCGGUCAUCCCCAGCUUGGACACCGCCCUCGCCACUCGGGUUACAGCACAGGACCCCUGGAUGCCUGCCAUGGGAGAGUGCCGGUACAAAGGGUAGUCAUGUCAAACCGGAGAAAAGUGGUACAGCAGAAGGCCCAACAUUGCCAGAAGCCAGUUUGUUUCCACCUGCUUUCCGUCUUUCCACCUGUGAGGGUUAUCCUGGCCACCAAACAGCAGACAACAUCUUCAGCCAUCUUCCCAUGCACUCCCAACAAGCCAAGGUCCCCUAUCUGAUGAUCCCCAUUGGAGGGAUCCAAAUGGUACAAGCCAGACCAAGGUCCCACCCUACCACCCCCUCGUCCCCAACGUCUCCCCCUAUGGAGGGGCCGUCGCUGGCAAGGUUUGAAUCACACUGGGGCGGGACCCCCAGAACUCAAGGGCUUAGGACUCCUGGAGACCACUGGUCAGAGCACCAGGGAGCAGGAACCAGCCAGUCAGGGCGGUCUGCUACUGAAACCACCGAACACUGCAUCAGAGACAGUCGUUCAAGAGCACCCCUCAGUCUUGCAGCACCCGUAGCCUCGCAUGUCACUGGACUGCAGCCAGAGGGGGAGGAGCCACCGUCUGGCGGUGAUCGGGUAGAGGGAGGAGCUGAAGGAGACUCAGCCAGAACAGACCAGAGCACUUAACAGUGUCUACACCUUGAUGCAUCCUGCAUCCCAUUUUGCUUUAUUGGUUGCUACACUAGUCUUGUUUUUUAUUGCUUUGUUUUUAUACAGUUUUCAAUACUAUUGUUAACUUAAAUGUUUGUUCUUUGGCAAUAUUCAGGUUUGUUAUAAAAAUGCACUUUUUUCUUUGUAAAAAUAAUGUCUAUCUAUAUAUAUAAAUUAUAUAUAUAUAUAUAUAUAUGUGUGUGUGUGUGUAUAUAUAUGUGUGUGU